UACAAUUACAAGUAAGAUCACUAGCAAAAGAGAGAGAGAAAUCAUUCUUCAUCACAUACUACUCUUAGCAUUCAACAGAUUUCAAAAAUGGAUAUUGGCUUAGCAGUUGGUGGUUCAUUUCUCUCUUCAGCUUUAAAUGUUCUCUUUGAUAGGCUUGCUCCUAACGGUGAUCUGCUCAACAUGUUUCAGAAGCAUACGAAUGAUGUUCGGAUCUUAGAGAAGCUGAAAAUGACUUUGCUUGGUCUUCAAGCUGUGCUAAGUGAUGCAGAGAAUAAGCAGACAUCAAAUCAAUUUGUGAGACAGUGGCUUAAUGAGCUUCGAGAUGCUGUGGACUCUGCCGAAAACUUAAUUGAAGAAGUCAACUAUGAAGCUUUGAGACUUAAGGUGGAAGGUCAACAUCAAAAUCUUGCAGAAACAAGCAACCAGCAAGUAAGUGACCUCAACCUGUGCUUGAGUGAUGAUUUCUUUCUUAACAUAAAGGAGAAGUUGGAAGACACCAUGGAAACAUUGGAGGAUUUGGAAAAGCAAAUUGGCCGCCUUGGCUUAAAAGAGCAUUUCGGUUCGACUAAACAAGAAACUAGAACACCUUCAACUUGUUUGGUUGAUGAUUCUGAUAUCUUUGGAAGGCAGAAUGAUAUAGAGGAAUUGAUUGACCGUUUAAUGUCUGAAGAUGCAAAUGGAAAAAAUCUGAGUGUAGUUCCUAUUGUUGGAAUGGGCGGCCUGGGUAAGACAACACUUGCUAAAGCCGUUUACAAUCAUGAGAAGGUGAAGGAGCAUUUUGGUUUGAAAGCUUGGUUUUGUGUUUCUGAGGCAUAUGAUGCUUUCAGAAUAACAAAAGGGUUACUUCAAGAAAUUGGCUCAUUUGACUUAAAGGUUGAUGACAAUCUUAAUCAGCUACAAGUCAAAUUGAAGGAAAGCUUAAAAGGAAAAAGAUUUCUUGUUGUUCUGGAUGAUGUGUGGAAUGACAACUACAACGAGUGGGAUGACUUGAGAAAUCUUUUUGUACAAGGAGAUAUAGGAAGUAAGAUCAUUGUGACGACACGUAAAGAGAGUGUUGCCUUGAUGAUGGGAAAUGAGCAAAUUAGCAUGGACAAUUUGUCAAUUGAAGAAUCUUGGUCUUUAUUUAAAAGACAUGCAUUUGAAAACAUGGAUCCUAUGGGACAUCCAGAACUUGAAGAGGUCGGAAAACAAAUUGCAGCUAAAUGCAAAGGACUGCCCUUAGCUCUGAAGACGCUCGCUGGCAUGUUACGCUCUAAAUCAGAGGUCAAAUGGUGGAAACGUAUUUUGAGAAGUGAAAUAUGGGAGCUGCCAGACAACGACAUAUUGCCUGCGUUGACGUUGAGCUACAAUGAUCUUCCCUCUCAUUUAAAACGAUGUUUUUCUUAUUGUGCAAUAUUUCCUAAAGAUUAUCCAUUUAGGAAAGAACAAGUUAUUCAUCUGUGGAUUGCUAAUGGUCUCGUACCACAUGAAGAUGAAAUAAUUCAAGAUUCAGGCAACCAAUACUUUCUUGAGUUGAGAUCAAGAUCAUUAUUCGAAAGGGUCCCAAAUCCUUCUGAAGGGAACAUAGGGAAAUUCUUGAUGCAUGACCUUGUCAACGAUUUAGCCCAAAUUGCAUCUUCAAAACUUUGUAUCAGGUUGGAAGAGAGCCAAGGAUCUCAUAUGUUGGAAAAAAGUCGGCACUUAUCAUAUUCAAUGGGAGAUUGUGGUGACUUUGAGAAAUUGACACCCCUCUACAAAUUGGAGCAGCUGAGGACAUUGCUUCCAAUCAGUUUCCAAUAUCCUGGUGCUCCACUUAGCAAGAGGGUGCUGCAUAACAUACUGCCAAGACUAAGAUCUUUGAGGGCAUUAUCGUUGUCUCAUUACUCGAUUAGGGAGUUGCCGGAUGACUUGUUUAUCAAAUUAAAGCUCCUCAGAUUUUUGGACCUUUCUCGAACAUGUAUUAAAAAGUUGCCUGAUUCCAUUUGUGUAUUGUAUAACUUAGAGACACUUCUCCUGUCAUCUUGUGCUGAUCUUAAGGAGCUACCUCUGCAGAUGGAGAAGUUGAUCAAUUUGCAUCACCUCGACAUUAGCAACACUUCUCUCUUGAAGAUGCCGCUACAUCUAAGCAAGUUGAAAAGUCUCCAUGUGCUAGUGGGAGCCAAGUUUCUUCUAAGUGGUUUGAGAAUGGAAGAUUUGGGUGAAGUAGAGAACUUGUAUGGAUCUCUAUCAGUUCUGGAGUUGCAAAAUGUAGUUGAUAGAAGGGAAGCUCUGAAGGCAAAGAUGAAGGAGAAGAAUCAUGUUGAGAAGUUGUCUUUGGAGUGGAGUGAAAGUAGUGCCGACAAUUCACAAACUGAAAGAGACAUACUUGAUGAGCUACACCCACACACAAACAUAAAAGAACUCCAAAUCACCGGAUAUAGAGGAACAAAAUUUCCAAAUUGGCUAGCUGAUCAUUCGUUUCUUAAGCUAGUACAAUUGUCUCUUAGCAUGUGCAUGGACUGUGAUUCCUUGCCAGCACUAGGACAGCUUCCUUCUUUGAAAAUCCUUUCCAUCAGAGAGAUGCAUCGAAUAACAGAGGUGACGGAAGAAUUCUAUGGCAAUUCGUCCUCCAAAAAGCCUUUUAACUCUCUUCAGACGCUUCAAUUUGCCGAUAUGCCAGAGUGGAAGCAAUGGCACGCACUCGACUUCCCUAAACUUGAGAACCUUUCAAUUGAAAAUUGUCCGAAGUUGAUGGGGAAGUUGCCUGAAAAUCUUUGUUCUCUGAUAGAAUUAAGUAUUUGGAGAUGUCGUGAACUCAAUUUGGAGACACCUAAACUGUUUACAUCCCAACUUGAGAAAUUAUAUAUUUUUAGUUGUAACUCUCUUACCUCCUUACCUUUUAGCAUACUGCCGAGUAGCUUGACGACAAUAUGGAUAUCUGGUUGCCAGAAAUUGAAAUUGGAUGCGCCAGUUGGUGAAAUGAGUUAUUGUAAGGAUGUGUUUCUCCAGGAAUUGGAACUGGCAGGAUGUGAUUCUAUAGAUGAUAUAUCACUUGAGUUGCUCCCAAGAGCAUGCUCUUUGAGGGUAAAGAGUUGCCAGAACCUUACGAGGUUUUUCAUUCCUACUGCGACUGAAAGACUUUCUAUUCAUAAUUGUAAGAAUGUUGAAAUACUUUCGGUGGCAUGUGGGGGGACCCAGAUGACGUCUUUGAUUAUUAAGGAUUGUUCAAAGCUGAGAGAGAAUAGUACCUGUUUUGACGAACAGUUGAGUAUACUUGUCUCGCAUGUCCUUCUCAGUCUCCCAAGUAGCCUCCUCCACCGAACAAUGUUUCCAUUGCACUUUAACCAUAUUGAUCUCUUUAGUCCUCAACUUCCGGACAUCACGAUCAAAGAUUGCAACUGGCUCUUACUCAUAGUGAAGAUUUCAGAAAUGGAGAUUGGCUUAGCAGUUGGUGGUGCAUUUCUCUCUUCAGCUUUGAAUGUUCUCUUUGAUAGGCUUGCUCCUAAGGGUGAUCUGCUCAACAUGUUUCAGAAGCAUACGAAUGAUGUUCGGAUCUUAAAGAAGCUGAGAAUGACUUUGCUUGGUCUUCAAGCUGUGCUAAGUGAUGCAGAGUAUAAGCAGACAUCAAAUCAAUUUGUGAGACAGUGGCUUAAUGAGCUUCGAGAUGCUGUGGACUCUGCUGAAAACUUAAUUGAAGAAGUCAACUAUGAAGCUUUGAGACUUAAGGUGGAAGGUCAGCAUCAAAAUCUUGCAGAAACAAGCAUCCAGCAAGUAAGUGACCUCAACCUGUGCUUGGGUGAUGAUUUCUAUCUUAACAUAAAGGAGAAGUUGGAAGACACUAUUGAAACAUUGAAGGAUUUGCAAGAGCAAAUUGGUCACCUUGGCUUAAAGAUGCAUUUUGGUUCGACUAAACAAGAAACUAGGACACCUUCAACUUCUUUGGUUGAUGAAUUUGAUAUAUUUGGUAGGCAGAGAGAAAUAGAGGAUUUGAUUGACCGUUUACUGUCUGAAGAUGCAAAUGGAAAAAAUCUGAGUGUAGUUCCUAUUGUUGGAAUGGGGGGCGUGGGUAAGACAACACUUGCUAAAGCCGUUUACAAUGAUGAGAAGGUGAUGGACCAUUUUGAUUUGAAAGCUUGGUUUUGUGUUUCUGAGGCAUAUGAUGCUUUCAGAAUAACAAAAGGGUUACUUCAAGAAAUUGGCUCAUUUGACUUAAAGGAUGACAACAAUCUUAAUAAGCUACAGGUCAAAUUGAAGGAAAGCCUGAAGGGAAAGAAGUUUCUUGUUGUCCUUGAUGAUGUGUGGAAUGACAACUACAACGAGUGGGAUGACUUGAGAAAUCUUUUUGUACAAGGAGAUAUAGGAAGUAAGAUCAUUGUGACGACACGUAAAGAGAGUGUUGCCCUGAUGAUGGGUAAUGAGCAAAUUAGCAUGGACAAUUUGUCAAUUGAAGAAUCUUGGUCUUUAUUUAAAAGACAUGCAUUUGAAAACAUGGAUCCUAUGGGACAUCCAGAACUUGAAGAGGUCGGAAAACAAAUUGCAGCUAAAUGCAAAGGACUGCCCUUAGCUCUGAAGACGCUGGCUGGCAUGUUACGCUCUAAAACAGAGGUCAAAUGGUGGAAACGUAUUUUGAGAAGUGAAAUAUGGGAGCUGCCAGACAACGACAUAUUGCCAGCGUUGACGUUGAGCUACAAUGAUCUUCCCUCUCAUUUAAAACGAUGUUUUUCUUAUUGUGCAAUAUUUCCUAAAGAUUAUCCAUUCAGGAAAGAACAAGUUAUUCAUCUGUGGAUUGCUAAUGGUCUCGUACCACAGGAAGAUGAAAUAAUUCAAGAUUCAGGCAACCAAUACUUUCUCGAGUUGAGAUCAAGAUCAUUAUUCGAAAGGGUCCCAAAUCCUUCUAAAGGGAACAUAGAGAAAUUCUUGAUGCAUGACCUUGUCAACGAUUUAGCCCAAAUUGCAUCUUCAAAACUUUGUAUCAGGUUGGAAGAGAGCCAAGGACCUCAUAUGUUGGAAAAAAGUCGGCACUUAUCAUAUUCAAUGGGAUACUGCGGUGACUUUGAGAAAUUGACACCCCUCUACAAAUUGGGGCAGCUGAGGACAUUGCUUCCAAUCCGUUUCCAAUAUCCUUGUCCACUUAGCAAGAGGGUGCUGCAUAACAUACUGCCAAGACUAAGAUCCUUGAGGGCAUUAUCGUUGUCUCAUUACAAGAUUAGGGAGUUGCCGGAUGACUUGUUUAUCAAAUUAAAGCUCCUCAGAUUUUUGGACCUUUCUCAGACAAGGAUUGAAAAGUUGCCUAAUUCCAUUUGUGUAUUGUAUAACUUAGAGACACUUCUCCUGUCAUCGUGUGGCUAUCUUGAGGAGCUACCUCUGCAGAUGGAGAAGUUGAUCAACUUGCAUCACCUCGACAUUAGCGACACUCAUCGCUUGAAGAUGCCGCUAUAUCUGAGCAAGUUGAAAAGCCUCCAAGUACUAGUGGGAGCUAAGUUUCUUCUAAGUGGUUUGAGAAUGGAAGAUUUGGGUGAAGUAGAGCACUUGAAUGGAUCUCUAUCACUUCUGGAGUUGCAAAAUGUAGUUGAUAGAAGGGAAGCUCUGAAGGCAAAGAUGAAGGAGAAGAAUCAUGUUGAGAAGUUGUCUUUGGAGUGGAGUGAAAGUAGUGCCGACAAUUCACAAACUGAAAGAGACAUACUUGAUGAGCUACACCCACACACAAACAUAAAAGAACUCCAAAUCACCGGAUAUAGAGGAACAAAAUUUCCAAAUUGGCUAGCUGAUCAUUCGUUUCUUAAGCUAGUACAAUUGUCUCUUAGAAAGUGCAUGGACUGUGAUUCCUUGCCAGCACUAGGACAGCUUCCUUCUUUGAAAAUCCUUUCCAUCAGAAGGAUGCAUCGAAUAACAGAGGUGACGGAAGAAUUCUACGGCAGUUCAUUCUCCAGAAAGCCUUUUAAGUCUCUUGAGAAGCUUGAAUUUGAAGAUAUGCCGGAGUGGAAGCAAUGGCACGCACUCGACUUCCCUAAACUUGAGAACCUUUCAAUUGACAAUUGUCCGAAGUUGAUGGGGAAGUUGCCUGAAAAUCUUUGUUCUCUGAUACAAUUAAGAAUUUCAAGAUGUCCUGAACUCAAUUUGGAGACACCUAAACUGUUUACAUCCCAACUUGAGAAAUUAUCUAUUUUUAAUUGUAACUCUCUUACCUCCUUACCUUUUAGCAUACUGCCGAGUAGCUUGAAGAGAAUAAGGAUAUCUGGUUGCCAGAAAUUGAAAUUGGAUGCGCCAGUUGGUGAGAUGAGUUAUUGUAAGGAUGUGUUUCUCCAGGAAUUGGAACUGGAAGGAUGUGAUUCUAUAGAUGAUAUAUCACUUGAGUUGCUCCCAAGAGCACGCGAAUUGACUGUACGUUGCCAGAACCUUACUAGGUUUUUGAUUCCUACUGCGACUGAAGAACUUUCUAUUUGUAAUUGUAAGAAUGUUGAAAUACUUUCGGUGGCAUGUGGUGGGACCCAGAUAACGUCUUUGUAUGUUCAGGGUUGUUCAACGCUGAAGUGGCUGCCAGAACGUAUGCAGGAACUCCUUCCAUCUCUUAAAACACUGCGUCUUUGGAAUUGUCCAGAAAUAGAGUCCUUUCCUGAAGAAGGAUUGCCCUGCAAUUUACAAGCUCUUACUAUCAGGAAUUGCAAGAAACUGGUGAACGGCCGAAAGCAGUGGCGUUUACAAAGACUCUCCUGUCUCAAAAAGUUAGAAAUCAAUCAUAAUGGCAGUGACGAAGAGAUUCUUGCUGGUGAGAAUUGGGAGUUGCCUUCCUCUAUUCAAAGCUUAACCAUAGACAAUCUGAAAACAUUUAGCAUCCAAGUUCUCAAAAGCCUCACCUCUCUUGAAUAUCUAUGUAUUCAUUCCCCGCACCUCACUUUGCUUCAAAGUUUCCAGUCACUUUCCGAAUCAGCACUGCCUUCCUCCCUCUCUAAGCUGACCAUUGUAAAUUGCCCUAAUCUCCAAUCACUUUCCGAAUUAGCACUGCCUUCCUCCCUCUCUCAGCUCACCAUUGUAAAUUGCCCUAAUCUCCAAUCACUUUUAGAAUCAGCACAGCCCUCCUCCCUCUCUAAGCUGAUCAUUGAGGAUUGCCCUAAUCUCCGAUCACUUUCUGAAUCAGCACUGCCCUCUUCCCUCUCUCAGCUGACCAUCCGUAGUUGCCCUAAUCUCCAAUCCCUUCCAGUAAAAGGGAUGCCCUCUUCCCUCUCUCAAUUAUGUAUUUUCAACUGCCCAUUGCUCAAACCACUACUAGAAUAUGAAAAGGGGGAAUACUGGCCAAAUAUUGCUCAAAUUCCCACCAUACUGAUCGAUUGGGUAUACAUGUGAUGAUUAAAAUGAAUGGCUCUCCAACAGAUGUAUUGGAUUGGUUUAAUCGAAAGUUUUUAGUUCUUGUAAGCAUCAAACAUCCCAUGUCAAGAAUGAAACUUUGCUUAAUAGUAGAAUGAAGAUAUCUUGUCACUAUAGAAAAUCUUUUAAAUAAAUCUAUGCUGAUACAUUGUAUUUUUACUAUCCUUCCUACGUUUGGACACAUUUAAUUGUGCCACAACAUGGAUAACUAAAGUUUGUCAAUUGGUUGCUAAAUUGAAUAUAUCGGAAAUAAUCUCUCUGCCUAGUGAGGUAAGAUUUACGUACACCUAUCUU